AUGCACGAAUUUCCAUCAUGGAGGCUAAAUGUGUUGUCAAGUGAAGCUUUCGCGUGCUUGUUUAUUUCUGUAUGGUGAAGUGUUGUUAAAGAUUCAGAGUUCACAGUAAGAAAUGUAUCAAUGGAUAAUUGUAAAUUAUGACCAUAAUUUUGGAUAAAUAUCUUUUUGGUAAUUAAUAUGGGUAGUCUUGAUGCGACGUCUACGUCGCUUGCCGAGGACUUGCAGGAUUUACAGCUGGACAGACCCAAUAAAGGUCUAAAGUCGGUAGAAGAACUUGAAAAGUUAACAGUUGACGAGCAGCUGAGUGAUAUCGAGAGAUCAGUGUAUUUAUUGAGUUCUGGACAAGAGGUACAGAGAAUCAGUGUAAUCCACAACUUGCCCGACUUGCUGCGGGACACAGAGAGUCAUGACGAGUGCAUGCGACGAGUUGUUCCCAAAGUCAGGGAGGUGCUCCACGUGGCUCAGACAGAGAUGCAGCUGGCGGCCUCCUCAGCCUUUCUACAGAUCCUACAGAAGAACCUUGUUCCUAUCCAGAAUUACUCACAGACAUUCCUACAGACAAUUCUCAACAGUGUUGACAGCAAAGACCCAGAUGUAGCGUCUGCUUGGUUGGAUACACUGCUAGAUGUCAUAGACCUCCUGCCAAAAGAAGUCAUUAAGAAAGAGAUUCUUGGGUCUGCCAUUGCUAAGGGACAACUGGCACAAUCUGUUCAGUCGCGAUUAGCCUGCUGUCGAAUUCUGGGCAAAAUAUCCACAAAGUUUGAACCAUUUGUAAUUAAGAAGGAAAUUCUUCCUGUGGUUCAGUCUCUUUGCCAGGAUGUGGAUUAUGAAGUUCGAGGCUGCAUGUGCCGGCAGUUAGACUGCGUUUCUAGAGGGCUAGGGCUGGAGGCAACCAAGAGUGCAAUACUUCCAGAACUGGUGGAACUGACCAAUGAUGAGGAGUGUCAUGUCCGCAUCGCUGGUUUGGAAACAGUGGUCAACAUUCUUACUCUACUGGAUGCAGAAACUUGCAGUGCAACAAUUAUCCCCCUUGUGUGCAAGAUCUGUCAACAGGCGGUGCAGGCGGAGGAUGCCACAUUGCCAGUAGUGGCCACUCAGCUGGGCAAGUUGUGUCAUGGUAUUGCAGACAAUUUGACAGAUGAACAGAAGCAGUGGUUUAUAGACUACUACAAGAAGCUCUGUCAUGUGGGUUUGGAAAAGAACAAGGCAAGUAGUAGAGUGACCAUGGCUGUAAGUGACAAGGAACGCACCAAAGAAUCUGACUUAACCGAUAUCUUUGAGCUGGAAGACAAAUUGGUGGAAUGUAGGAAGAACAGUGCAUUUAAUUUCCCUGCAAUGGUUUUAUUUAGUGGUGCAAAGCAGUUCAAACAAGAACUACAUGUGACCUUUACACAUUUGUGUAAGGACCCCCACUUCAUUGUUCGCAAGACUAUCUCUGGUGGAUUUCAUGAGGUGUGUAAACUGUUAGGAAACAGUGCACAGUUAAUACAGGCAGAUGUUGUGGCCUUACUGAAGGAUGAAUCUAUAGAGGUUCUGAAAGGUGUUGUGAGCAAUAUGCCAGCCAUUCUGGACUGUUAUAUGACCAGUGGCAGCAACCACACAAUUUCAGAGUCCAAAUCGGGCCCUCUCUCUGAUAUCAUUCCAGCCUUUUUGGCAUCAGAGAAUGCUAUUUUUACCUCCAACAAUUGGAGACUUCAGCAGGAGUUAAUGGAGAAUAUGGCCUGCCUUAUAAAGUGCUACUCCAGUGAAAACCUCUACAACAAAGUCAUUCCAAUCCUCAGGCAAAAACUCAGCAAAGCUAGAGCACUACCAGUGAAGGUAGCGGCUGCUCGGUCUUUAUUGACAUUGACUCGGAAGGUAAAAAAGCACGAGCAAAGAGAAGAAAUAUUUCAUUCUCUAAUUCAUGACUUUUGCCAUGCCAGAAAGUGUUACUGGAGAAGUGUGUUUAUUGACAUCUGUAGAAUUGUGAUAGAACUAUACUCCAAGAAAUUCUUCAAGGAGAGUUUUUAUGAAUAUCUUUUGGAAUUACACACAGACAGUGUGCCAAAUAUUAGACUACGUUUGUGUUCAAUUUUACCUGACUUAAAACGUUUGUUAAUCCUUCCAACGGAUCGAGGUCUUUUACAGCAAUUAGACGCUUGUGUUCGCAAAUUGUUAGUGUCGGAAAAAGAUCGGGACGUGUCGGAAGGUAUUCAGGAUGCCGUGGAGGAACUCGAUAAAAUUCACAUUCCAAUGCAAUCUAUGACAAGGAGAAACUUCUUUGAACAAGAUUUAGAAGAUCAAAAGAAAGAAGAGGAGGAGAAACUACUACUGGAGAAUGAAGAGAAGGAAUUGAAGAAGGAAGAGGAAGCAGCUGAAAAGAAAAAGGGAGACAAACGCAAUCUGGUGUCAGCUAAAAAGGGCUCAGAGAAUGGCUCCAGCAAGAUCCCGGGCCCCAGGAAAGGUUCACGAGCUGGCUUACCGGGCUCGAACACAGCAACAAAGAAGUUUUUAUAUCCAUCCCAUAUAACAUCAGAAGAUGAGAACAGGCCAGUUAUUCCCAACUCAAAGAUUGCAGGAACCAGUAAUAAUAAACUGGUCAAAUCUAAGUCCAGCAAUUGUAUUUCUCAAAUUCCAAGGCGAGAUGUGGAAGACUUAGAUAGCAAGGAAUUGUCCAAGACUAAGAUAGUGUCCCCAGUCCCUGCCCCGGGGAAGUCAGGUAACAAAGUCCAGGUGAAUAGUAACACAUCCAAACAAUCCUCAGGAGAGUCUAACAUUAACAAAAAGGGUGUGUCAUCUCCCAAACUGUCUAGACUGCCUCUCUAUAGCUCCAAUCCGAACAUACACCAGGGACGUCCAUCCUCGCCCUCCUUAAUCCCCAUCAAAGCCUCAACAAGUGGCACAACCAACAAGACCAGUAAAACGACGCGAGGGAGUGGCAUCCCAGCCCCAGGGAGUGCAGGAUUAAGGCGCGCCUCUGUCCCCACUCUCUCUACCACCAGAAGAGGAUCUCUAAGUGGUCAGCUUAGCACCGAGGUGAAUCCAAAAGCAAAAAGCAGUAAUGGUGCAAUGUCUCCGUCCAUUAAAGAAAGGAAAAAAUCAAGAUAAUUUGAUGCAGCAAGAAAACAACUGUAUCAUGUAUAUGAAUGAUGCUUUCUGGGAACCGUGCUGUUUCCAUAGUGACUGUGAUAGGACCAAUCAGAUUUCACAUGACAUUUCUGUAUUAUUUUUGACUUGAUGACUGGUACUGCUGAGACAUUGAUAAUUUUUUGUUUUGUUUGGGAAGAGGAACAUGGUAUAUUGGCCUCUGCAAAAGAAAUGAAAGUGGACAAUCAGUCAUAUAAUGGUGGACAUGCUCCACAUGAAAUUUGUCUUAUGGUCACCAUAAAGUGCUCCAGAGAAACCUGGAUAUAAAAGAAUUCAAGCAUUCCACUAAUUUUUAUAGUAAUGAUUUGUUGUCAUUCUAGCAACAUAAUCAUAAAUAGGAACCCAGAUGCUGUGAUGUUCUAGUGUAGACAUUGCAAAGGUUAUAAAAAAUUAACAUGAUGGGAACCCCAUUUUCAACAUAAUUAUGUUUUGUUUAUGUUUUGGUAAUUAUAACAUUGGAUGAUUUUAGAGAGAUUAGAAGGUAUGAUUUAUGUAUUAAUUUGACAGUCACUUAUGGUAAUUCAAGUGCAAAGUUUUAUCAUUCCAAUUUUUUAAAGAAUUUAAAAUUAAGAAAGUAAAAAGAACCUGAAGUGUUAAAAAAUCUUGCAUAAUAAAGUACCAUGGACCUACCAGUAUGAAUAUAGGUCCCCAUCAGCCUAUUUAAGACUGGGUUCAAUCAUUAGUGGGCAGUUUGCAUAGAUAAACUCAUAGUGAUUUCUUAUAUGCAUUGAAAUUAAUGACAGGAAAUUAGCUGAUAAUAGAAUUUAAUUCAUCAGAUAUGAAAAGAUUCACACAAAAACAUCAGUUUGUCAAAAGAGAAUCCAUGUUUUCAUUCCAGUAUUCUGUAGACUGAAAUUUGAUUGUUCUCUAAAUGUUAAAAAGAGAAUAUUCAGUACCUAUGAUAUGAUACAAGUGUUGGUAUGUGUGCCGUUUAAAGAAGUUCUGUGCAAUUGGCAAUGUUACAGACACAAUUCCAGGGGUAUGUGUGAUAACGGUGUAUUUUUCUGUAGUGUUACUUGUUGAAAGACCGUGUUUUAUUUUUGAGAGGAAGUUUAUUUUUGUUGAUUAAUGACAUAGAUGUGCCUGUUGUAAUUGUGAGAUUUUAUUCUUAAAAGUUGGAGUCAUUUUUAAGCCUUCAAAAAAUUGUUAAUAGGACAUGCAGUAGUUUGAUAUCAUAUCUCAUCUUUGAAACCAAUUACUUAAGAUGUACUUACUAUAUAUAAUGGCAUGUGCAUUUUUUUGUUGACAGUAUUUCAAAUUAUUUAACACAAUAGAGAUUAGAUGUAGUAUAUACAAAUAUUGAUAUGAUAGAUUUUUACUUGUCAGAAAGCAGUGAAUGUUCGGUGCUGUUACAGACAUCUCUGAUGCAAUACAACCCUGAAGAGAUUGUUCAAGUUUCUAUAAUUCAUGGUAUGGAAUUCUUACCAUAGCACUGAAAGUUGUAAUUUGUCAUUCAGUGAAAUAUAGAGUUACCUCCCUUUGGCUAAAAAAUCCAUUGACAUGCAAUCAAAUAUUGUUAGCUACACAAUUUUUGUUCUUUAUUGAAACUGAUGUGAUACCAGGUAGUAUUUUUUUAAAAAUAAAUGAAAACUAAUAGACUGGCAAUUAUAUUAAUUUUUAUUUUUUUUUUUAAAGAGUUUAAAGUUAGUUUUCUGUUUAUUUCUUAUUUUAAAACUUUUUACUACUUGUUAAAAAUAUUUUGUACUAGAAUUUCCUUGGCGAUUGUGAUAAACAGACCAUGACAUAGUAUCUACAGUGGUUUACUUCGACCUGUUAGUAUUCUCUGUCUGUGUAAGAUGUAAAGUACUAUUAUCCUGUCACUGUUGUUGUAGAUUUCCUUGUCUGGUCCCCGCCUCCACCACACUGUUUUCUCGCCCACUCCCACCUCUCCGUUAUCUCACUUCAUUGAGAAAAUAGAUUGGCUGAGAUGGGGACUGGACUGUAGAUUUCCAUGUAAUAUACUGCUGACAUUGAAAUGCAAUCACUGGUCAAGAACCAUUCAUGUUUUUUUGUGCUGCUGUUUUUGUAUAAAAAUAAUUAUUAAUGUAAAUGAUGUUUUUCUAUACUUAAAAUUGCACAACAAUGUGUCAAAAAAAACAAAAAAAAACUAUUACCAAAGUUUUAUGGCAGAGAUUAUCCUGAUAUAACAAUCUGAAUCUUAAUUUUGGUGAUCAAAAUUAAAAAAGAAAAGAAUACAUUUGUUGAUUAAGAUGAUGGAGCUGGUAAGAAUGACGCCAGCUGUUACUCUGUUGCAUUUAUUUUUAGUGAGGACAUAGGUGCUGUAGACCGUCCUGUUAAUACUGAUGUCACCAUAAAGCAAUAUUAUUAAAUGACUCAACUGAU